AUGUCCACUCAAACCCUCCGCCAGGUGCUAGUUAUAACGGGCCUGGCGUUGUGCAGUAUCUCUGAUGGAUACAUAUUUGGUCAAACGUCGGGCAUGAUAGACGCUUUGCGCAGUAAUAAUAGCUCCUUGGAAUUAUCGGAAGAUGGACUCUCUUGGUUAGCAUCAUCGAUCAACAUUACCUGCUUCUGCGGUUUUGCGGUUGUCGCAAUUGUGACGGAAAUACUUGGACGAAGAAAAGCUCUAAUAUUAUUAAAUAUACCCGUGCUGUGUUGUUGGAUUAUGGUGUAUUUAGCACAAAAUAUAGCAACACUGUUAUUCUCUCGAAUAAUUAUGGGAAUGUCUUACGGUGGUGUCCUUAUGUUGACAUAUAUAUGUGUUGGUGAAUACGCAUCGCCAAACAUUAGGUCUCUGUGUUUAAAUUUAAUAGGCUGUGUUGGAUCGCUGAUAGGUUCGACCCUAGGGCAUAUUUUAAGUAUUUUAGUCCCUUGGAGAGAAGUUGCCCUUCUAGGUGUCAUACCUACAUGUCUUGCAAUUGUGAUACCUUGCUUUUGGGUAGAAAGUCCGUUUUGGCUGGCAUCCAAAGGUAGAUUUGAUGAAUGCAAAGAGGCUUUCGAAGCACUUCAUAUAUCGACUGAUACUACGAAAAAAGAACUAUCCUUAUUAAUUGCCAAUGAGAGACGAAACCAAACCAAAUAUUCAAGUAAUACCCACGUUUUAAAAAUAAUUGUAACAAAAAUUUCGAUAGCUAUAAAGCAGAAAUAUUUUUGGAAGAUAAGUAUUUUAAAUAGUGUCAUCAAUAUAUAUCGCAUAGCUGGAGGACGAAUAUUAUUCACUACUUUAGCGUUGACUAUUUUAAAAGACAUUACUGGUGACUCUAGCAUUUUAAUGCAUACAAUUUUGGUAGAUGGAUUUUGUAUACUGGGGGCACUGAUAUCUUGCGUUCUAGUAAGAAAAUUUAAAAUGCGGAGUUUGCUAUUCAGCUCGGGACUAUUAGCUAAUAUAAUACUUCUAGUACUUGCUACAGUUCUCUAUUGUAGGCCACCACAUCAAGAUGAUAUUUAUGUUUGGAUUAAAGUAUCGUUGUUGGCGUUAUACUUCAUCAUCAUGUUAGCUGGGCCAUAUGCCGUAUUAGAGACCCUAUUAGUUGAGAUAAACCCUUUGGAUAUAAAAGCUUUUUUUAUAUUUUUCUUUGGAGCUGUAAUUGGUGUUGCACAGUUUUUAGCGGUAAAGCUUAUGUCGAAUAUGGUAAACUCGAUUGGAUAUCACGGAAUAUUCUUCUUAAAUGCCGCAAUCAUAUUUAUGUGCAUGACAUAUAUCUGGUAUUACUUGCCAGAAACUAAAGGGAAGUCUUUAGAAGAAAUUCAAGCACACUUUAAGAAUGAAAGACUACUUGAAGGUGUUAAUGAAAAUUGUGAACAAUGUAAUGUCUUACUUGAUUCAGUAAAGAAGUGUUCUCAUAAUAUUUAAAUAAUAAUGUAUUGUGUAAGUUAUAGAUAAUAAAUAGUACUUUAAUAACAAUGUCCAAAAUGUUUAUAAUAUUGAUGUUAUAGGUACCUACGUGCCACGUUGUUAUAGAAAAAAUAUGACUGAAAGUUUAGAUUAAUUUACGUCUCUAAUGAAAAUGUUACAGCUAUAAUAGACAUGCGAAUUAUUUAAAAAAAAAACUUGUCAUUGUGAAAAAAAAUAUUUUAAUCAUGUUCAUCUUAAUAUGCCUAUUACAUGGACAUUACCAUCUUUUAUACUAGACAAGAUCAUUGGACAUAACUAUAUUAUAUAUAGAUACUUGGACUGUAUUGUAACUAAAGGCGUGUGAAAAGCUAAAAAAUGAUAUUGUGAUUAUUGUACAAUACUUGUUUAAAAAAUAUGAAUAAAACAUUUGCGCAAAUGUCAAGUACAUGAUUAUGAUUAUGAGAC